AAGAAGAAUGACGUCACCGUGUCGCUUCUCUCUGAUAGCCGACUAGUUUCAUCUGUGUACUUUUAUAUUCCUCAGCAACCGCUUCCACCAACCCGGCUCGGAUGGACUUCUCUGCAACUCCCAGUGGGUUCAGACAGCGUAAGUUACAGCCCAGUAUGCGUCUGAGGACGAGCCCUGGGGACGUUCCCGAUGGCAGCCAGCUGUUUGAAGAUACGAGUGGAGCUGGGCCUGGCGCUCAGGGAGGCUACAGGAACCAGCCGGCUGGCCCUCAAGCGGCAGGAUUGCCAGGCCAGUCCCUCCUUUCAGACCCCAUGUCCAACCUGGCCAUGGCAUAUGGCAGCUCACUGGCAUCACAGGGGCGGGAGAUGGUGGACAAAAAUCUGGACAGGUUCAUCCCAAUUUCAAGACUGAAAUACUACUUUGCUGUGGACACAGUAUAUGUGGGGAAGAAGCUUGGCCUUUUGGUUUUUCCUUACAUGCAUGAGAACUGGGAGAUGAGCUACCAACAGGACACACCUGUAGCUCCACGGUUUGAUGUGAAUGCUCCUGAUCUUUACAUUCCUGCCAUGAGCUUCAUCACAUACAUCCUGGUGGCCGGACUGGCUCUCGGCACACAGAACAGGUUUUCUCCAGAGCUGCUGGGAGUCCAGGCCAGCUCAGCGCUGGUGUGGCUGAUCAUGGAAGUCCUUGUGGUUCUGCUCUCCCUCUAUCUUGUCACUGUAAACACAGACCUCACCACUAUAGACCUUCUAGCCUUUUCUGGAUAUAAAUAUGUUGGGAUGAUCGUGGGUGUAGUAGCUGGUCUUUUGUUUGGGAAGCCAGCGUAUUAUCUCUCUCUACUCUGGUGCUGUGUAGCCAUCUUUGUCUUUAUGAUCCGUACUCUGCGUCUGAAGCUGCUAUCCGAGGCAGCAGCCGAGGGGAGGCUAGUGAGAGGAGCUAGAAACCAACUAAGGAUGUACCUCACCAUGUCUAUAGCGGCGGCACAGCCCAUCUUCAUGUACUGGCUCACCUACCACCUCAUCAGAUAAAAGUUACCACACACAAUUGUGAAGAUGAUGAAUUUGCCUGUCUGGAUGCCAUCUUACUGCCCCCUCCACUCCUAGAAAAAAAAACAAAAAAAAAACUGCACGUAUAUCAAAGAUGAACUUGAAACUGCACAGCGACACAAGGACAGAAUUUUACAACUCGUGGAGCAAAACAACCGCUUCGUUUUCUCUUACAGUAGAGCCAUGUGGUUAGUUUUGCCUUCUUUGUUGGUUUGUUUUUGUUUUGUUUUUUAUAUGUAAUGUCUUCAAAAUUUGUAGCACAGAAAGGCUUUAAAUACCUUGUUUCUUGACUGUGUAAUUACAUGUUAAUUAUGUUUUUUAGGACUAUUUAUGUAUGUCUGUGAAUAGCAAAAGUAUUAUUACAGAUGUCUCUUUGGCCAGAUUGUAACAGCUGUUUUGAGGGUUUUUUUUCUAUUUGAGCUGAAAGCACAGUAACGUCGCACAAACCGUCCAUUUAUACAUCUACGGUCCAGGUAAACAAGUCAGUUAUCACUGACAGCGAUGUUCACACAACUGGUUUGUUAGUGUAGGUAUCCAGCAAGUCCUCACUCUCGACUGUUAAGCUUGUAUAUGCUUUGCUACAGCUUUGCUGCCUGACACCUCUGGAAUAGAGAUCAGCUGUGAGGAGCAGUGACAUUAAAGUGCACAUCCUUACAAAGAAGUGAGUUUUGAGAUCCUUUUUUAAAAAUUAAAUAUACAUACAUACUGCUUUUUAUAUUGAAAGUCAGAUGGAAUAAAGAAAAUGAAAACUUAGACAGUCCAUGCAAAAACUAUUAGUUGUCUUUGGAUACUUGAAAUACUGUAAAUUAAUGUCAGCGAUGCUUACGUGUGUUUGUCUUUUAAGAAAAUAUGAAAUGAGAUCUCUGGUUUUACGUGCUGCGAAAAUCUUACAGACCAGGUUCAGGUUAAAAAUGACUCAAAUGAAGCAGUUUACUCAAAGGUAGUGGGAUAAACUCUUGUCUGUUAAUUAAGGUGUCCCUCAAAGUGUUUUGGUGAGAACUUGUUUACAUUGGAUCCAUCUACAGUAAAUUCUAUGUAAAUGUAUCAGGUAAUUUAACCACUAUGAGGUGAUCCAAUAUCAAGUUUAAAAAUACACUAAAAGCACACAUGUACAAGCCACUCAAAUGAUAUGACUGAUGAAUAAAGAGUGACUGAGUGA